CCAGUCCACCGCCGGAUUGGCGAGUGAGACGCUUGUAGAUCCAGGGUUGGAUUGGGGUGGGGUCUCUGGGACGUUGGCUAGCGAGGCGAGGAUUGGGGGGAUUUAAGUGCUUAGAGAUCGAAGGCAGGCCUUGAGUAGGGGGAGUCAGACAAUUGGAAAGCCGAGGUGGUUAUUUGGGGAGGGGUCUCGGAGCCUGGGCGAAGCGCAAGGCUGCGCCCGCCUGGCUCGAGGCCUUGUCCAGGCAGGUGUCUGUGAAGGGUGGGCCCGACCCGGCCAGGCCAAGAGCAAGAAAAGUGAACAAACCAGGAGUGCUAAGUGGGCGGGGGGCCCCUGAGCGGGGGGUCACAAAGGGUGAGACAUGGCCACCAGGCGUUUAACCGACGCUUUCUUGUUGUUGCGGAAUAAUUCCAUCCAAAACCGGCAGCUGUUAGCCGAGCAAGAGCUGGACGAGCCAGAUCAAGUCCAAUUCAUGUUCACAAGUAUGUCCAAGAAAAUUAAGAACUGGUGCAUGAAAAGAUAGGAACACAAUCCCAAAUGCUAGCAGUACCAAACCAAGCUUAUGAUACAGCUUGCCGACGACCGUAUGGCUCUGGUGUCGGGCAUUAGCUUAGAUCCAGAAGCAGCAAUCGGCGUGACAAAGCGGUCGCCCCCUAAGUGGGUGGACGGAGUGGACGAAAUACAGUACGACGUUGGCCGGAUCAAACAGAAAAUGAAGGAAUUAGCCAGCCUUCACGACCAGCAUUUAAACAGGCCCACCCUGGACGACAGCAGUGAGCAGGAACACGCCAUUGAAAUCACCGCCCAAGAGAUCACUCAGCUCUUCCACAGGUGCCAGCGGGCCGUGCAGGCUCUGCCCGGCCGGGCCCGCAGGGCCCGUUCCGACCAGGAGGAGCGGCUCCUUCGCAACGUCGUGGCCUCCCUGGCCCAGGCCCUGCAGGAGCUGUCGGCCAGCUUCCGGCGCGCGCAGUCGGGCUACCUCAGACGCAUGAAGAAUCGAGAGGAAAGAUCCCAGCAUUUUUUUGAUACAGCAGUACCACUAGUGGAUGAUGGAGACGAUAAUACUCUCUAUGAUCGGGGUUUUACAGAUGACCAGUUAGUGCUGGUGGAACAGAACACGCUGAUGGUGGAGGAGAGGGAGCGGGAGAUACGCCAGAUCGUGCAAUCCAUUUCUGACCUGAAUGAAAUCUUUAGGGACUUAGGAGCAAUGAUCGUGGAGCAGGGUACAGUCCUUGAUAGAAUUGACUAUAAUGUCGAGCAGUCCUGCAUCAAAACCAAAGACGGCCUGAAGCAGCUUCACAAGGCAGAGCAGUAUCAGAAGAAGAAUCGGAAGAUGCUUGUGAUUUUAAUAUUAUUUGUCAUCAUCAUUGUCCUCAUUGUUGUCCUGAUCAGCGUGAAGUCUCGCUAGGCGGCCGUGCGGCCACGUGGGCCGCCCGUGUGCGCUCCCGGGCGCGAGGGGCUCGGCCGCCCUGCGGGCACAGCGGAGGCGCGGGCUGCGGACCGCGCGGGGGCGGCGAGCGCCUGCCUGGACCCCUCGUCACGGUCGUGCUCCAGCAGGGGGAUGAGCUGCUGUUUCUCCUUCAUUGUCAAGAAUUUAAGGACCUUUGAUGCUGCUGCAGAAUAGAGAUUGAGUUCUGUCAUCAGUUAUAAUAUAUAUUUUUUUUAGAAAGAGAAAAUGAGUUGAAUGUUUACAGGCACUCCGCAAGCUGUUCGAUAUUGUAUGUGCAUAUGCUAUUUUUUUAGCAGUCAUGUCUGAGCAGCAUGUAAAAAUAAUUUUUGGAAACGUUUUUUAAAAACCAUCUGGUUUUUAAGAAAUUUGGUACCAAAAAUUUAUGAGUAGAGGCAAAAAUGCCUCUUCAUCUUUCUCUGUAUAUUUUCCAGUUGAAAACAAACUGAGAAGUCCUUUAAGAAUUUAUAAUCCGUUCCCCAUUAACUUAAUUUAGCUUUUCCAUCACUGUUAAUGAUCAGAGUAACAAAGUGUGAAAAAUAAGAAACCAUUAUUGAUGUUAAUUAACACAUUUAGAUGGGCCAGUUAAAACAGCUUCAUAAGUUUAAAUUAAUCGUAAAUGGACUAUUCCUCAUUUAGAGUUUGUGCACUGCAUUUUCUACUGUAAACCAAAAGGGGUUACCAAACAAAACCACCUAAAUUUAAAAGUUGGUGAUUUGAACCAACCGCACCUGAAAACAUGAAAAAGGGAAGCUUGGCCGUGUCAUGGAAGUCACCAGAAUCAGCCAGUGUGCCCCUGUCCUCGUCCCCAGCCAUCCUUGCUCAAUCCCUUACUUACACACUAACUCCAUAAUGACCUGUUCAAACUAGCCACCAUUUAAUGAACUGUGAAUUUACACGGAGGCCAUUCUAAAUGGGUCACCCCAUUUAGGAUUAGUGGAUCUCAAAUUAUUAACCAAACAUCACUCCGUUUCAAAGUAGAAUAUUCCACCAGGGGCAUGAUUUAUCGGCUCUUGCGUUGCUGCUUAACAUGCCCAGAAAGUAAGCACGUUCCGACAGAUUGUGAAAAUCUUGACUAGAAGUCCCUCAUUUGUGCGAGCACGAAUCAGAUCGCCGGAGUGGGACUUUGCCGUUUUCUUACCUGUUAUCACUAUGGUGCUCGAAUAUAUUCCUGGAACUGUAGAAUAAUGUGGAAAGCGAUGAUGGCUUUGAAAGCUCAACUUGUUCGUGUUUUUACUUGGUCUUGAGACGCCAGUAUAGUUCUGAUGGUCUUUGUAUAACUUUCGAUGGCUUUUCCAUUGUUUUUUUACCUCUCCCGAGAAGUUUGCGAAGAGCGUGACCUCAUUAAAUGUGCUAUGUUUUAUUUGGAUCAGUCACAUACAAUGUGUCUUUAGAAUUGACUUUGAAGUCGUUUCCAGAAACUUAAACGCAAGUCCAGAGGUUCAGGUUGUCCAAACAGAUCAUGGUCUUAGCACCCACACCCAUGCCCCAGCCUUCCCCUUCCCAAGUUCCCGGCCACCACUGGUUUUCUCACGACCGAUGCGGCUGUAGAACGAUCCGAAGGUGCCCCUGGCAUUUCAGGAAAUCGCCUGGUAUUCCCUGACCAGCCAUUAUGUAUUAGGCAAAAAGGUCAGGAAGUAAGAAUCCACCUCCUUGAUCACCCCUGACAUGUGGGGCUUCUGCAGAUCUUGAGAAGAGCCGUAGGCAUUUUCUAGUCACAGCGGGCUUUAAUCCGGUGGCCGAGUCGAGAUGUUCCUCUGGACCGACUGCUCCCAGGAGCGGGGGGCCAUUCAAGGUCACGGGGCUUCCCUCCCCGGCGGUGGACAGUGGCGACAGGAGGCUCGGUGGUCUUAACGUGCAAGGCAAGUGACCCUUUAAGAAAGGAUCGCCA